AUGGGAAAAAAGAAUCCGAGUGACAACGUUUUGGAAAAAAAGUGUUGGUUGGCACAUAACUGCACACCUUGGGAAAAAGUUAAAAAGUUUUGGGUAGAUACAUGCACGCUUAGAAAUAAAUGUAAGGGAUCUCUGUCGGAUUUGCUAGCAGAAUGGCCGCGCUACAAUGAUUUUAACGGUUACGAAUUGGUUGAUAUUGAUUUUAAUGCCAUGCAUCCAGAUAUUGGAAACGAGCUGUUCUUAAAACUUGACAAGUUUUAUAAAGUAAUCCUUCCUAUCUUAAAUGCGGAAGUAAAAGACCAAGCCAGCCGAGAGUUAUUACUUUCGAAACUCCUUUACAAAAAUUUAUCAAAUGAUUCUAAAUAUUGCGUUGUGUUGUUACUGCUCUAUGCGGUUCUUCAACCACAGCGUCAGAGUAAAACCCACAAACCAACGAUUGGUGACGCUCAAUCAGAGUUUAUAACACUAGCAACUACACCAAAUGAUAUAUUAACAAAGAUUUCGUCCAAAAUUGAGCAAUACGCGAUUAAAAAACAGCAAUUGCAGCCUCACAUCAUUGCAGUAGGUGAGGACUAUACAAAUGGUCCGCCAAUAGAUUUUUAUGUUUUAAAUAAUGGUCUUAAAGUUAUAAGAGCCAAAAAAUAUUGGUAA